AUGGUGUAUGGGUAUGAUGCAAUGUUACCGAUGGAGCUUACUGUUAUGUCUAGUCGCCGUUUGUACCAGAGUAAAUUAUCCACGGACGACUAUUUCGACAAAAUGGUGAUAGACUCCUUGGACCUCGACGAGGAGAGACUGUCAGCGUUGGAUCACCUUGAAGCCCAGAAAAGGAGGAUUGAAAGGGCGUACAAUAAGCGGGUAAAACCCAAGUCAUUCACUAUAGGCGAUAUGGUUUGGAAGGCGAUCCUAUCUAUUGGCCACAAAGACAAGCGACUUGGUAAAUGGAGCCCGAACUGGGAAGGUCUGUUUAUCAUGACCGCCAAGUUAACCGGCGGGGCGUAUAACCUGGAAAAUAUUGACGGGGAGGAACACGAUAGGGCGAUCAACGCUCAGUUUCUAAAGAAAUACGUCCCUAGUUGUUGGGAGAACAUUGACCGACGGCUAUUUGGAGCCGACGAGGAAUAA